AUGGAGAGACCAAGUCUUCAGCUUCAUCAUAACAUCAUCAAUAAAAUUCUCGUUUCUUCUCCCACCAAAACUCUGAAAUUUCGCCGGUAUCUGAAAUCUUUUCCGGAAAAUGGGAUUUCUUUCCAACCAAUGAAUUUCAACAUGGACGAUGAAGAAAGGAAACCAGGAUUGAAACAAGCUAUUGAGAACAUUUCUUCAUUGAUUUCUCUGUCUUAUUCAAUCAAGGUUUUUGCAGUGAAAUGGCAAUCCAUACGCCCAAAGCUCGAAGAGCUUCUUACCAACCUAACUGCAAUUGAGAAUUGUGAUUCCGGUGAGAAUUUUUCUCUCUCUAGCACAUUAGAGAAGAUUUUAAUCACGCUUAAAGACUGCGAUGACCUUGCCCGGCGAUGUGUCGAUUUAUCUUAUAGUGGAAAGUUGCUAAUGCAAAGUGAUCUUGAUAUUAUAUCAUCAAAAUUGGAUAGUCAUAUCAAGAGACUUUCGGAAAUAUAUGCUCUUGGUUUGCUCUCUAAUGGCUAUGCCAUAGUGGUUUCAAGGCCUAAUAUUUCGGCUUCUCGGGACGAUAUGAGGUUCUAUAUCAAUGAUUUGUUGUCCAGGCUCAAGAUUGGUAGUGUGGACAUGAAGAAACAAGCCCUCGUUGCCUUCAAUGAAUCCAUUCAAUAUGAUGAUAGAUAUGUAAAAAUUGCAGUUCAAAUUGAUAGUUUCAUCAAUUACUUGGUGAAUUUUCUCGAUUUUCAGGAUAAUGAGGUUCGAGAGGAGGCUGCCAAGGCUGUUUCCUUCAUUGCAGGAAGUCAACCCUUCAGAGGAGUAUUGAUCAGGGCGGGGAUAAUUUCGCCAUUGAUUAGAGUUUUGGAGUGUGGGAGUCAAUUGAGCAAAGAAUUAGCAGCAAUGUGUUUGAAUAAACUCACAGAGAAUUCCGAAAAUGCUUGGUCAGUUUCUUCUCAUGGUGGAGUGUCUAUACUGAUGAAAAUAUGUAGUAAUGAGGAUAGUGCAGCUGAAUUGGUUAGUCUGGCUUGUGGGGUGUUGAAAAAUCUUGUUGGGGUUGAUGAAAUUAAGAGGUUUAUGGUUGAGGAAGGGGUGAUUCCGUUGUUUGUUAAGCUUGCAAGGUCUAAAGAUGAGAUUACACAGAUAAGUUCACUUGAUUUUCUGCAGGCUAUGGCUUAUGGGGAUGAACUAGUCAGGGAGGUGAUAGUAAAAGAAGGUGGAAUUCGCACAUUGGUACGUGUUUUGGAUCCUAAAUCAUCUUUUUCAUCGAAGACUAGAGAGGUGGCAUUUAGAGGAAUUGUGAAUUUAUGUUUCUCGUCUAAUGGUUCUUUGAAUAUGCUGAUAAAUUAUGGAUUUAUGGAUCAUAUACUUUAUUUUCUUCGAUAUGGGGAUGUUUCAGUUCAAGAAUUGGCACUGAAAGCAGCAUUUUGGCUAUGCGGAACAUCAGAGGAGGCGAAAAAGGUAAUGGGUGAUGCAGGGUUUAUGCCGGCUCUUGUUAAAUUUCUUGACUCAAAACCAUACAAAAUGCGUGAAAUGGCAGCUGAAACGCUCUCUAGCAUGGUAAUUAUACCAAGAAAUCGGAAAAGAUUCGUGCAGAAUGAUCAAAAUGUUGGUUUGCUUAUGCAAAUGCUUGAUCCAGGGGAGGUCAAUUCAGGUAACAUAAAGCUCUUGCUUUCUAUACUGAUGUCAUUGACCAGUUGCAAUAGUGCAAGAAAGAAGAUUAUGAAUUCUGGCUACGUAAUGAAUAUUGAAAAGCUAGCAGAGGCCGAGGUUUCUGAUGCAAAAACAAUCGUCAGAAGAUUAUCAUCGAGUAAAUUCCGAAACAUCUUAAGUGGGAUUUGGCAUUUUUGA